AGCCAUUGUUUACAAAGAGCUUCAACAUAGAACACUCUUGUGUUGCCUAAAGAGAUUUGGUGGUGUUUACUGGUCCUAGUCUACAAUUCAUCUUCUAGAAUUUGCGAUUUCGUGUAAUAAAAGUGCUGCUCUCGUCAACAUGGCUGAAAAGGUAGAGAAUAUGGAAAAUAACGGCGUGAAGCCAAAAGAUCCAGCCCCUGAAAGUAGCCCUACAGAGACUGAUCAAAAUUCUCAGAACCUCGCAAGCGACACAAUGGCCCUUCUGAGGAAGAAAGACGAGGACAUAAAAAACGUCAGAGACCUGCUGGCGGUCUCCUUGAAAGACUGGGUCCACGACCUGAUCAGGAGGGUCGACUUGGUGAAAAGUGAGGUAAAGUCUGCGAGGAACGUCGUCCUUCCCACCUGCGUCGUCUUGGACGAGCUGGCGCAGAAGGGGGAGCCAAACGACGAGAUGACGCAGAUGGUCAACACGAUCAUGGUCAACGUCGAGUGCAUCUGCAAGCAGAUACCAGUCGCCACGAGUGUGAUCGGGCUGAUCAUGGACCAGUUGAGAUCUUUGCCGCAGACUGGGGAGAAGAAGUCGGUGAGAUUGUGACUGAAAAGGUGGAGCGAGCGGACAAGGGCACAAACGACGUACCAACACCCCCGAAAGAGACUGCCAAACGAAGUAAAAAGUCUGAUUCGUCUGAGAGCCCCGUGCCGAGGGCCGAGGUGCCUUCUAGCGAGGCGAGAAGUGACGGAGAUAGUGGCGAUACCAUUUCCAAAGGCCAGGAGUUGCAGAAACCAGAUAGUUUACCUGGAGAAGAGACCACUUCUCAGACGGCAACUGUAGAUGAUACUUCAAGAAGCAAGACCCAAACGGAACCAUCAGACUCUCCCGAAUCUCAAGCCAACCAACGAAUUCGUCGCCUGGAAGCCAAGAUAGUAGAGAUGGAGUGUACCAGCGUGAUCCUUGGCGACGUCAUGAGAUACUGGAUCACGGAUAUGCUCGAGAAAGUAGACUUCGUCACGAAAGAAGCGAAGUCUGCUAGGAAACUGGUCUACGACACGAAUACCAUGAUAAAGGAUCUGCCUUACACACUACCACGUGAAGGGGAUAUUCGGGCGAAGAUGCAUGAUCUCCUCGGGAAGGUGGAAGAAGUCAUGAAGCAAGUGCGUUCAGCGACGACUGUGAUGUCAGCUGCCGUAGACCAGGCGAUGCACAUGAAGGGCAUGGAAGACUUCAAGGAGGAGAUUUGCACCAUAGUAAUGGCAGAGGUCCCAAAGACUCCUGCUGACGAGGCGGACCCGUCGUCUCGUGAUGGAGCGGAUUCUGCGCGCGUUGAUUCGGUUAACGAGGGCGCGGAUACAGAGGCUGCUGUGUCUGUUGCUGCUGCUGCUGCUGCUGCAGAGGGCAAGGACAAGGGACGUCGGUCACGCAAAGACUUGCCUAGAAGGGCUCCAGUUAAGUCGCCGGAGAAGACGAGCGAUAAAAACGUCAACAGUUCUCUUCAGUCUCCCAAGAAGAAGAACCACAAGAGCAACAGCACCUUUCUAGUACUACCGUCGGCUGACAAAAACUACUCAAAACCAGUAGCAGGUCACAUCGAAUCUGAGAGGAAUGAUUCGGCGUCGACUGGCAAGGACGACGAAUCGAUAGACUCGUCGACGGUCGACAACAACGAGUCGACGGAUACCAUAGAGAAACUGAGGGGGGAGACCUCGUCCGAUUACGACACAGAUUUGAGCUGCGAUUCUUGUGGAACUUACUACUUCGAGGACGAGGCUUUUGAGGUUUCCAUAACCAACUUCGCCUUUCUGGAUCUGAUCGAGCCAGUAACACUGCGCAAUUUUAGAAAAAUAUCUGAUUGUAUAUGAGUUAAAAUAUUAUCUGAUUGUAUGUGCGUUACGUAGUCUGCUGAUAGGUUUAGAGAUUUAAGAUAGAGAAGUGGUUUUUUAAACAAAUGUUUCUGAUGAAAAUGACCUGUAUAGAGUUCUAUCUGGAAACAGAACUUGGAGAAGUUCAUAAAAAUUUAGUAGCAACAUUAGGUAAGAACUUGAGGAAGUUCGAUGAUUUUUUUAAAUGUUUCUGAUAAUACUUUACUAAUAGUAUUAUCAGGUUCCAGGACUUGAACAUUUUCUUUAUAUAGCUUUCUACUUACUUUUAAAUAUUCCUGUCCAACUAUAGACUACACGUAUAUAAACUGUAAUUUUUAAAAAUUCUACUUAAUGUAACUUUUGAAAUUAAUAUUUUAAGAGGGAGUUAUCUGUUUACUGUACAGUAUUAAUUUAAACUUAAAGUAAUUUUUUAUAGCUUUUUACAUAGUUUAUAAUUUCCAUUUUAAUAGGAUGCAACAUUUUGCAGUUUUAUUUUUAAAAGUAAUCUUUGUAUUAGCUGAUUUGGGAAAACUAAGUGUAGAAGUGUUUUGAAGACUUCUAAUAAAGAUUUUUUUUA